UCCAUACGUUAUUUCCUAAAUUAUUUGAAGGCAUCUGGACAGUGUUACUUUUCAAGGACUAUAUAUCAAUAUCUAUAUCCUGACUGUUCAUCCACAACAUUGAGAGCAAGAAGCCAAAGAAACAAUCUUCUUAGCAUUCUUAUUUUCUUUCUGAUUCUUAGUUUUUGUAUGAUGCACUCCUAAGUUCAAUGACCCAAAACAGCAAGGGUGCUUGCGAUUCUGUUCCGAUGAGCAUAGACAAAGCUUGCCAAAGGACUGGUCCUUGGUCGCCUGCUGUAAGCACCGGAAUAAAGCGUGCAGCGGUGCCCAUAACUGAGGAUCAGGUGAGGGGUAUCUUUAAUCGCUAUGAUGCUAACAAAGAUGGCCUUCUUAGCAAACAAGAACUCAAGAACGCUUUUGCCUGCCUCGGUUCACGUAUGCCUGGCUUGCGAGCGUUGCUAGCGCUACAGCAUGCAGAUGUCAACGGUGAUGGGUACAUCAGUGAGGCAGAGUUUGACAAGCUUGUUAAAUAUACUUUGAAACGUGGUUACAAAUUCAAAUAGAUCAAGCAAUCAUAAUUUCUAGAGGUAAAAUAUAUAGUUUUGCUGACUGCUUCGUUCUUCUCUCGUAGAAUAGACUAGGUUUGACUAGAAAAGGGGGAGGAAGAUAUGCUAUAGAUGUUCUUCCCCAAAGCUAAGAUGAUGUAGUUUGCUUUGUGUAUAUUCAUCUUAGCAUGUUUUCUUUUCAGUUUUUAGAUGUUUUCUGGUGUGGUGAGUAGGCUGUGUAUUUGUAAUCUGCCUCUGUGAUAUAUCAUGUAGUUCAAUAUAUGUACAUUUUAGCCAUA